UGGUGAUGAAUUUUCUUAGAUAACCAGAAAAAGGGUUCAUAUAAAGAAUGUGAAGUGAGACAAAGUGUUCUGUGUCAUCGGAUUAAUUACCAUUUAUUGGUGUGCAUGUUGGGCGUUCAGUACAGUCAAAACUAAACAGUGUGGUCAGGACGUGUAUUAGUUCGAUUACGGUCGAACGUUUUUUUCUUUGAUAAAGUGUAAUAUGGAUAGAGAUUAAUCACAACAUAUUCAAGAAUGGCAACCGAUAAUUUCAAGCGGCGUUGUCCUUUACUUAAGUUGUCGUUAUUACAUAAUCUUGUAAUUUUUACGACGACAUCAUGCCUUUUUGCGGCCGCCUCCGCAUCAACCCUCAAUGCCAGUACAUCCAUAAACAAUACCAGCUCCGGAAAUGAGACCGAUCUCUCGGAACUUUUUCACUGGCAAGACUAUGGGGUACUUGCUGCUAUGUUAUUUGUUUCUUGUGCAAUCGGCGUAUUUUAUGGCUAUUGUGGUGAGAAACAAACGACUGGAGAUGAUUUUCUUUUAGGUGGAUCAUCGAUGGGAACAUUUCCCAUGGCUUUAAGUUUAGCGGCUAGUUUUAUAACUGCUAUCGAAUUAUUGGGCAAUCCAGCAGAAAUGUACAUAGCUGGAGCGCAGUUUUGGAUGAUUUGCAUUGCUUUUGUUCUGGUUGUUCCCAUUUCUAGUCAACUUUAUCUACCCGUUUUUAUGAGGCUUCGAUUGACAUCAUGCUACGAAUACCUGGAGGUGCGAUUCUGCAAAUCUAUACGAGUUUAUGCAAGCGCAUUAUACAUGCUUCAAAUGAUAUUGUACACUGCAGUAGCUGUUUAUGCUCCAGCUCUUGCUCUUUCAGAUGUAACUGGACUAAAUACGUAUGUAGCAGUAUCGCUCGUCUACGUAGUUUGUAUUUUUUACGCUUCCCAAGGUGGAAUGAAAGCGGUAAUCAUGACAGAUUCUUUUCAAUCGGCAGUUCUUUUAGCAUCAUUAGCGACAAUAUUAGCUUUAGGUGCCGACCAAGUUGGCGGUCUUAACGCAGUAUGGGAUUAUUCUAGACGUUCUGAUAGACUACACUUUUUUGAUAUGGACCCAGAUCCCACGGUCCGCCAUUCGUUUUGGUCAGUAGUUGUUGGUGGCACAAUGUACUGGGUGAGCAUGUUUUGCGCAAACCAGGCUUCCGUACAAAAAUACUUAUCUGUUGAGCGGAUAUCACAAGCUAGAAUCGCUCUAUGGGUAUCUGCAAUUGGCUUGAUUGCCGUGUAUUCUGUGAAUUUCAUCACCGGAGCUGUGCUUGCCGCCCAUUAUUCUGGUUGCGAUCCAAUACAGGCUGGAGUUAUCAGUGCAUCAGAUCGAUUACUUCCACUAUAUGUGGUGAGGGAAUUUGGAAAAUACCCGGGCGUUCCUGGCUUCUUCGUCGCUGGCAUUUUCGCUGCUAGUCUCGGUACUGUUGCAUCAGCCCUAAACUCUUUAGCUGCAGUCGCGUGCCAAGACUUAGCGAACGGCUUAUUAGGGAUAACACUUCCAGAAGAGAAAGGCGCUAUGAUAGCAAAGUGGGUCUGCUUGGCCUGUGGUGCCAUCUCCUUUGCCCUGGUCUUUAUUGUGGAACGACUUGGGCCAGUUCUACAAUUGGCGCUAUCAUUCAACGGCAUGGCUGGAGGGGUUUCCUUGGGUCUCUUUAGUUUAGGAAUGUUAUUCCCAUGGGCUAAUUCUAGGGGUGCAGUGGCAGGCGGUAUUUUCGGACUACUCGUAGUGGUUGUAGCAGGCGGUGGUGCACAAUUAGCGCAGGUUCCACUCCCGCGGCUUCCUACAUCAACGGAUUCCUGUCCUGCUUACUAUAAUCUGACUUUGAGUAUUUCCCCAAGUGAAAACCAAGACGAAGCAGUUUUUUGGCUAUUCAGAGUCUCAUACCUAUGGUAUUCAAGCCUAGGUUGUGUAGCUACUAUCUUGGCUGGAAUGGUUGUAUCAGUGAUAACCGGUGUAACGGAUCCCGCCCAUGUGCCAAUUGAUCUAAUUUCGCCACCCGUCAUAUCCCUCUUAAACGCCUUGCCGAAGAAGUUAAAGAAAGCGUUACGGAUACCAACGCGUAUGGGCUUGGAAAGGCGGCGAAGUUCGAGCGUGCGGCCGCCAAGUAUUGCAGAUGACAAGGACACGAGACGGCGCAGGCGCCUCUCGGAAUUAGCUGGUGGUGUCUUUUAUAGCGACGCACAGAUCCUUACGCAAGGACAUGACAACCUCGCAUUGGACACAGAGAAAAGCCACGAUCAUAACCAUCGCACUAGCUUUAAAUUGGAUACACAAUCAAGUCCACAACUUUCUAGAACAUCUACCUGUUAAGUUUAGUAUAUUAGCGUAUUACUGCACUAGAGUAAAACGUAACGUACAGGUAUUCAACAAAUAAUGAAGGCAUUUUCUUCCUGGGUACAUAUUAGAAACCAUAACUUACAAAUUAUAAAUAUGUCGCAGCCAACUGGCUUAAUGAGCCGUACAAUUAACAGCUUAGCCUUUUUACAAAACGGCGCGUUUAACUAACGGCCUGAAAGAUGUUCCGUCAGUUGAUCAAACAGCUAGGCAAAUCACUUGGAUCGAUGAAAAUAAAAUAAAAAUCUGUUCGAAAUCACAGAACAGAUUUUUAUUUUAUUCUGUACUUGACAUUUUCCUUUGAAUUAUUGUAAUGUUUAGGGAGGGUAAAAGUUGCUGAAUUUCUUGCCUGUUCUUCUCAGAACAAGGCCUCCUGGCAGUUUUUCGAACGGAUAGCGUAGUUUUGCUCUUUCGAGAAUUUUGUAAACGUUUUGACAUUCAUAAGCAUGCCCAAAGACGCAUCUACAUUGAAUACUUAAAUGAGUUUUGAUUUAAUGACGUUACAUUAAUUCCUAGCCUGUUGACUGUUAAUUUAAAUUUAAUUCCACUUUCUGCCAUUCUCAAUCUCGAAACAAAGUUUCAUGAAAAACAACAAAAGUGUAGUGUUUUUAUGUGUAAUGUGAAGUGUAAAAGAUGAAACAUGGUUUCAUGUUUUUUAUUUCUCCUAAACAAUUGUUCUAUGGUAUGAAUGGCCUAAGCUUUAGCCAGCCAGCUUAUUAAAAUAAAUGUUGUAACAAACACUACGGCGGAAUAUCUUUCUGGCCUAAAGGCCAGACUAAAUGUAAACGGCGCCAUUUAGUUAAAAGUCCAGGUUGUUAAUUGGAUGGCUAAUUAAGCUAAUUGGCUUCGACAUAUACACAUUUAUAUCAUAUGUACUUAACGAAAAUAACCAAAUUAAUGUUACUGUCAAUUAUUUAUAUUCCAUAAAUUUAUGUACUUACUUAACUGAUUCCAGUAAAUCGUGUAUUUAAGGCUAAUUUUACCGUUUCAUUAUUGAUUAAAUGUCUAACAAGUGCAAA